AUGGAUGGCUUUGUCCUCGGUGCUGAAGAAAUUCUGCCUCCAACCAUUCAGAAGCUGAUGAAAGGAUACAACAAGUACCUGAGGCCUUUCUUUGGCAAUGGGCCGGUCACAGUUGGUAUGAGUCUAGACAUCGCCAGCAUUGACACCAUAUCAGAGAUAAACAUGGACUACACCGCCACCAUCUUCCUCCGUCAGCGCUGGACCGAUGAGCGGUUGGUGUUUGAGGGGAAUAAAAGUCUGAGUUUGGACGGCAGGCUGGUGGAGCUGCUCUGGGUCCCUGAUACCUUCAUCGUCGACUCCAAGAAAUCCUUCCUCCACGACAUCACUGUGGAAAACAGACUCAUCCGCAUCUUUCCCAACGGAACAGUCCUUUACGCCCUGAGGAUAACCACCACUGUGGCCUGCAGUAUGGACCUGACUAAGUACCCCAUGGAUAAACAGACCUGCACACUGCAGCUGGAGAGCUGGGGUUACAAUGUUAAAGACGUGGUGUUUUAUUGGACCAGAGGGAACCAGUCAGUCAGUGGUCUGGACACCCUACAGCUGGCACAGUACACGCUGGAGGAUCACUACACAUCAGAGUCUGAGGCUGUCUAUGAAACCGGGAAUUAUCCAAAGCUCAUCUUCCAUUUUGAGCUAAAGAGAAGCAUUCUGUACUUCAUCCUGGAGACCUACGUGCCGUCCAGUGCUCUGGUGGUCCUGUCCUGGGUUUCCUUCUGGAUCAGCCAGUCUUCAGUCCCAGCACGCAUCUGCAUAGGCGUGACCACGGUCUUGACCAUGACUACCCUGAUGAUGGGGGCUCGUACGUCGCUGCCAAACGCCAACUGCUUCAUCAAGGCGAUCGACGUGUACCUGGGCAUCUGUUUCAGUUUCAUCUUUGGCGCUCUGAUCGAGUACGCUGUCGCCCAUUUCUGCACCUUACAUCAGCCAAACGCCACCAACGCACUGAUGUACGGUCAGGAGAUGCAGGAGCGUGAGGACGAGAUGAACGGUAUCGUGACGUCCAUCGGCAGUCGUGCGCUGCGAGCCCGUAAACGGGAGGAGAUUCUGUCCAGGACGGCCAGUACCAGCAGCCCCACCCACAGCGUCAGUAAGGAUGACACGUCCUCACAACCUCGCAACCCCUGCGCUAAGACCCUGUCCCUAAUGCACCGCUUACUGCAUUAUCUGAACUGCUGCCAUAUAGAGAAUCCACACUACAUUGACAACUACUCGCGCCUAACCUUCCCCCUGUCCUUCAUAAUCAUUAACCUCUUAUACUGGACCUACUACCUGUACUUCUAG